AUGCCAAUCAACGAUGCGAAAUAUAUUAAAGAAGUCUGGGCCGAGAACUUAGAAGAAGAAAUGACCUACCUUCGUGAUUUAGUGGAAGAAUAUCCAUAUAUAGCUAUGGAUACAGAAUUUCCUGGUGUCGUGGCAAGACCCAUUGGUACUUUUAAAACUUCAUCAGAUUAUCACUACCAGACAUUAAGAUGUAACGUCGACCUGCUGAAGAUAAUUCAACUGGGAGUUACUUUUGCAGACCAGUAUGGGAAUCUACCAAGCAAUGUGUGUACAUGGCAGUUUAACUUCAAAUUUAGUCUAGCUGAUGAUAUGUAUGCACAAGAUUCCAUUGAAUUACUGACGAAAUCUGGCAUCGACUUUAAAAAACAUGAAGAAUAUGGAAUUGAUGUCGAACAUUUCGGUGAAUUGUUGAUCAGCUCAGGAUUUGUAUUAUUAGACGAUGUAAAAUGGAUAUCAUUUCAUAGUGGGUACGACUUUGGUUAUUUGUUGAAAGUAUUGACAUGCUCAGUUAUGCCAGCGGAUGAGACAGAGUUUUUCGAGCUACUUCGAACCUACUUUCCAUGUAUAUAUGAUAUAAAAUAUCUGAUGAAAAGUUGUAAAAAUCUAAAAGGUGGUUUACAAGACAUUGCAGAUGAUUUACAGGUGGCAAGGAUUGGUCCACAACAUCAAGCAGGAAGUGAUAGUUUAUUAACGUGUACAACAUUCUUUAAAAUGCGACAAAUGUUUUUUGAAGAUAAUAUUGAUGAUCAGAAAUAUCUUGGCUAUUUGUAUGGUCUAAAAUGUAGCCCGAAUAAUGCAGCAACGGCUAUAAUUAAUCUCAACACAGCAAAUAUUCAAGCACUUACAACAGCGACAAAUAAUCUUUCAUUAGCAUCGUCAUCCAUAUCUGAAGACAAUAAAGUGAACGGGAAAUAA